GGUUCGGGGCGGGGAUGGUGAGGGACUUCUGCAACUCGAACGGCCAAAAAAGCGAGAUGAUGAGCGCGGCCAGGGCGGCGGAGCAGCGGCCGUCAUAGCCUCGUCUUCCACCGACCAGACCGCGUCCCCGACUCCGCUGCUGCUGGACGCAGGUGAGGGACCGGCGGUGAAGGUGAUGGGCGCAACCACAGAGGAUGCUAUUGAAGUCAUUUGAAGAAGAGAAAAAAAAUACACUUCAUCCACAAGACAAUGGUGACACCGGUGUUUCGAGGGAAAACGGUAUUUUUCUAUCUCCUUUCUAUAUACUCGAGAUUAUGCAUUCUGAAUUAAGACUCUUGAAUUAGAAAUGUCAUCAUUUUUCUGGUGUGGAAGCGUUGCCAGAGCGCACUUGUAAAAAAACAAUUGUAUAGGGUGGCGGGAGCCACAUUAUUGCCACACACUAAACAUUGCGGAUGUUCCAAAAAUAAAUAAAUAAUAGUAGCUCUUCCCUUUUUCGAUGCCUUCUAAGUCUUCGGAGACGCGUCUGUUUCCAAUAUGCCAAGUUGAACGCUGACGACAGCCGUAUAGUUAUCUGGCUGUCCAUUAUUUUCUGAUUCAUAUUCGACUAGCUAAUUCAUCAAGGCCUGGAUUUAUAGCUUUUCUUUACAUUGUCAUCAUGAGUGAAGAAAUGGACUGACAGAGAUGUGCAGGGACAUCUGGUUCACUCUGAUACACAAGCAUGAACCAUGCAGAACAUGAAUCAUUCAUGUUAGCCUCACAAUAAUUUCAUGUUGGGGUUGAAUUCUGCUUUAUACGGACAUAAGAGCGGACCAAAGACACCCUACAACCAGUCAGCCAACCAACCGACCGACCACACAUUCAAUUUCCUCACACCCACAUUUGGCCGUUGGCAGAGAAACACAGAGAAGGAGACGGUACAUGGGCGUCCUCGUCUGCUGAAAGCCAGAGCCGCAUAUCAGCUGGUCGGAUGCAGGUGUUCAUCAUAAGCUCCCGAGACAUCCCGUUGUGCAUAUGAGACGUUCCGAUCCGGAUGGGAUGUAAUGUUGUGUGGCUGCACAGCUGAGCAUUGGUCUCCUUCUCCGCUGCUUCGUGAAGACUGGUGUCCGGGAUCGGCGUCCACAGCAUGGCGCGGUUCGGAGACGAGGUGCCGGCCAGGUACGGAGGAGGGCCCGGCGGGGGCCCGGGGGGCCGCGGCGGCGGCAGGCAGGGUGGCCCCCACGGACACGGAGGACACGGUCACGGCCAUGGACACGGACACGGUCCCCCCGGAGGGCCCGGGGGCCAGAGGGUGUACAAGCAGUCUAUGGCGCAGAGAGCGCGGACAAUGGCCCUCUACAACCCCAUCCCCGUGCGUCAGAACUGCUUCACAGUCAACCGAUCGCUGUUCAUUUUCAGUGAGGAUAACUUCGUGAGAAAAUACGCCAAAAAGAUCACCGAAUGGCCUCCAUUUGAGUGGAUGAUUCUAGCCACCAUCAUUGCCAACUGCAUCGUCCUGGCUCUGGAGCAACAUUUGCCUGAUGGAGACAAGACACCACUGUCUGAACGCCUGGAUGAUACAGAACCGUACUUCAUCGGCAUCUUCUGCUUCGAAUCAGGAAUAAAGAUCCUGGCACUUGGUUUUGCCUUCCACAAGAACUCCUACUUGAGAAAUGGAUGGAACGUCAUGGACUUUGUGGUGGUGUGUACGGGGAUUCUGUCAACUGUGGGCUCAGAUUUCGACUUGCGGACGCUUCGGGCUGUGAGAGUACUAAGGCCUCUCAAACUGGUGUCUGGUAUUCCCAGCUUGCAGGUUGUGCUAAAAUCCAUCAUGAAGGCCAUGAUUCCUCUACUGCAAAUUGGCCUGCUUCUUUUCUUUGCCAUCCUCAUGUUCGCCAUCAUCGGCUUGGAGUUCUACAUCGGCAAAUUCCACUCAACCUGCUUUGACAAUCAAACAGAUGAGAUUCGAGAAGAGUUUCCAUGUGGGAAUGAACCGCCCUCGCGGCUGUGUCCAGAGGGCACCCAUUGUAGAAAGUACUGGCUGGGACCAAACUACGGCAUCACCCAAUUUGACAACAUCUUGUUUGCUAUCCUCACCGUCUUCCAGUGUAUCACCAUGGAGGGCUGGACUGAACUGCUCUACUAUAGCAAUGACGCCUCAGGGAGUGCAUGGAAUUGGAUGUACUUCAUCCCUCUAAUCAUCAUCGGCUCCUUCUUUAUGCUUAACCUGGUGCUUGGUGUUUUGUCAGGGGAAUUUGCCAAAGAAAGAGAGCGUGUGGAGAACAGGAGUGAGUUCCUGAAGCUCAGAAGACAGCAGCAGAUCGAAAGGGAACUUAACGGUUAUCUUGAGUGGAUCUGCAAAGCAGAAGAGGUCAUCUUGGCGGACGAUGAAAACGAAAAUGAUUAUGAUGGUUCUCGGCGGAGAGCCACAAAGAACCAUAAAAGCAAAGCUGAACUUCUAAACCCAGAGGAAGGGGAAGGAGAUCUGGCAGUUGGUUCACCUUUUGCCCGUGCCAGCCUGAAGAGCUCCAAGCUGGAGGGAUCAACCUUCAAGCGACGAGAGCGACGACUGCGCUUCUUAAUCCGACAUGUUGUCAAGUCGCAGGGCUUCUACUGGACUGUAUUGUGUUUAGUGGGCCUCAACACCAUGUGUGUGGCUGUAGUGCACUACGACCAGCCUGAACCUCUUUCAGAUUUUCUAAAUUUUGCUGAAUUCAUCUUCUUGGGGAUAUUCCUGACAGAAAUGUGUGUAAAGCUGUAUGGCCUUGGCAGGCAGGCCUACCUCAACUCCUCCUUCAACUGCUUCGACUGCAUUGUGAUAUGUGGUAGUAUAUUCGAAGUGCUAUGGUCCAUCAUCAAUCCGGGCACGUCAUUUGGCAUCAGCGUGUUACGAGCACUCAGGUUAUUGAGGAUCUUCAAAGUCACGAAGUACUGGGCAUCUUUGCGAAACCUUGUCGUCUCCCUGCUCAACUCCAUGAAGUCCAUCAUCAGCUUGCUAUUCCUGCUCUUUCUCUUCAUAGUUGUCUUUGCCCUGCUGGGCAUGCAGCUCUUCGGAGGACAGUUCAAUUUUGAAAAUGGUACCCCUCCCACCAAUUUCGAUACCUUCCCCGCAGCAAUAAUGACCGUGUUUCAGAUCCUGACCGGCGAAGACUGGAACAUGGUGAUGUACGAUGGCAUCAAGUCUCAGGGUGGAGUCAACAAGGGCAUGGCCUUUUCUGUCUUCUUCAUUGUACUCACACUUUUUGGCAACUACACUCUGCUGAAUGUGUUCUUGGCUAUCGCUGUGGACAAUUUGGCCAAUGCACAGGAGCUGACUAAGGAUGAACAAGAGGAAGAGGAGGCUGCCAGUCAGAAGAUUGCGCUGCAGAAAGCUAAGGAGGUGGCUGAAGUCAGCCCACUGUCUGCUGCCAAUCUCUCCAUUGCAGCCAACAAAGUACACAGUGAGUGUCACAACGCAACCGACCCCUUUCUGGACUGUAAAGAUCAGCAGAAGAACAAUAAAGGUAUCAAUAAGUCAGUGUGGGAACAACGCACCAAGGAGCUGAGGAAGCAGACUCUGGCAUCGAGCCGCGAAGCGCUCUACAACGAGCUGGACGCUGAUGACCGCUGGAAGGCAAGGAAAGGGAGGGAGGAGCAAAACAAUGUCAACUUUUCACGCCACAUUCGCUCCGACAUGAAGACCCAUUUGGAUCGACCCUUAGUUGUUGACCCCCAUGAGAACCGAAACAACAACACCAACAAGACGACUGCCAACAGCUCAGAGCUCUAUGUCAGCAAGCAGCACCCUGCUGAUGAGCUCCACAAGCAAACACGCAUUCACGAGGAUCACAGCCAAGUUGAAGGGGGUGGUGGCGGCGGUUCAGGACCAUCCAGGCCUCCGCUGGAUCGAGGGGAGUCGACAGAGAGUAGACGGAGCCGAAAAGGUGAGCAUCACCACAAAUCGCGUGUCCGGCUGGAUGCUACGGUCAUUCCCGGGCCGGGCUCGGAAGAGAGGCCUUCCAGACGCCAUCACCACACACGGAGCGGCAGUCGGGGUGGAGGACAGUCGGAGCACAGGAAGCCCAGGUCACAUCGAAAGAAUGCUGAAGAUGGUGAAGACGGUGGAGGGGAAGCUGGAAAAUCGGGGCGACAUAGGAGCAAAAAGGUGUCCGGGAGUGCGGAGGGAGAGCACGAGGGAGCCGGUGCUGGUGGCGAGAGGAAGCCAGCAAGAAAUCGGCAUGGAAAUCCAUCAGAGGGGGAGGGGAAGAGGAUGUGCCAGCGCAGGAGGAAGGAUUGCAGUGUCCCCAACCUCUCUACCACUCGUCCUAUCCAAAAGAGUCUCUCCAGACAGAAUAGCCAGUACAGCGAAGACAUGGACAACCUCAUGAAUACCAAACUAGUAUCUGGUUCCACUCCACCUGUCGAAAGUCGCCCUAAUCCCGUUGCCAAUCAUAGGGUAGCCCCCGGCUUUGGAUCUGCCUUCCAUCUUGCCCAUAGUGGCACUCAUGGAAGUCUGGUCACGUUAGAUAGCUACGGGAAUAUAGGACAUCACCGUGCCAACAGUGUCAUCAGACUGCCUCACCCUGACUACACAGCCAUAGAUAUGCCAAUUUUUCCAUCCAAAAAUGCCAUACUACAAGUCAACAAAAAUGCCAACACAGAACCUCUGCCAACGAAGGAAGAUAAGAGUGAUGAUGACGAGAAAGGAGCUGAAGGAGGACCUAAGCCCAUGCCGCCAUACAGCUCCAUGUUCAUCAUGUCCACCACCAACCCGUUUCGUCGGUUAUGUCAUUACAUCUGCACCCUCCGUUAUUUUGAGAUGUGCAUCCUGCUGGUCAUUGCUAUGAGCAGUAUUGCCUUGGCUGCUGAAGACCCAGUCUGGCCCGAUUCACCUCGAAAUAAUGUUCUCCGUUAUUUCGACUAUGUCUUUACUGGAGUUUUCACCUUUGAAAUGCUCAUAAAGAUGGUAGAUCUAGGGUUGGUCUUGCACCAGGGCUCUUAUUUCCGGGACUUGUGGAACAUCCUUGACUUUAUAGUGGUUAGUGGUGCUCUGGUGGCCUUUGCCUUCACAAGCGGCGCCGGCGGGGGGAGCAGUACAUCAAAAGACUUAAGCACCAUCAAAUCUUUGAGGGUGCUGAGAGUGUUGCGUCCUCUGAAGACUAUUAAACGUCUUCCCAAACUCAAGGCUGUGUUUGACUGUGUGGUUAACUCCCUGAAGAAUGUGCUGAACAUCCUGAUCGUCUACUUACUCUUCAUGUUCAUCUUCGCUGUGGUGGCUGUGCAGCUAUUCAAGGGCCGUUUCUUUUACUGCACGGAUGAAUCUAAAGAGUUUGAGCGUGACUGCAGAGGCGAAUAUCUGGUAUAUGAGCGUGAUAACGAAGUGAAGGCGCAGAAGCGGGAAUGGAAGAAAUACGAUUUCCACUAUGACAAUGUGGCUUGGGCCCUUCUCACCCUCUUCACUGUGUCCACUGGAGAGGGGUGGCCGCAGGUACUGAAACAUUCGGUUGAUGCGACCUAUGAGAAUCAGGGCCCCAGCCCCGGUUACCGGAUGGAAAUGUCCAUCUUUUACGUGGUGUACUUCGUGGUCUUCCCCUUCUUCUUCGUCAACAUUUUCGUAGCUCUUAUCAUCAUCACCUUCCAGGAGCAAGGAGACAAGAUGAUGGAGGAUUACAGUUUAGAAAAGAACGAGAGAGCAUGUAUAGACUUUGCCAUCAAUGCCAGGCCUCUGACACGCCAUAUGCCUCAGAACAAGCUGAGCUUUCAGUACAAAAUGUGGGAGUUUGUGGUCUCGCCCCCAUUUGAAUAUACCAUCAUGGCUAUGAUUGCACUUAACACGGUCGUGCUGAUGAUGAAGUAUGACGGAGCUUCUGACACCUACGAAGCUGUGUUAGCCAACCUGAACAUAGUGUUUACCUCCCUCUUCUCUUUGGAGUGUGUGCUCAAGAUCAUUGCCUUUGGAGUACUGAAUUAUUUCAAAGAUGCCUGGAAUAUUUUUGACUGUGUGACAGUUCUGGGCAGCAUCACUGACAUCCUGGUCACAGAGCUUGGGGAUAAUUUCAUCAACCUGAGCUUCCUAAGGCUGUUCAGGGCAGCUCGUCUCAUCAAGCUGCUGAGGCAGGGGGAAACCAUUCGCAUCCUGCUUUGGACCUUCGUUCAGUCUUUCAAGGCUCUGCCUUAUGUCUGCCUCCUUAUUGCCAUGCUGUUUUUCAUCUACGCCAUCAUUGGGAUGCAGCUCUUUGGAAAUAUUGCAAUUGAAGAAGAUGGCGAGAGCGCCAUCAACCAGCACAAUAACUUCAGGACCUUCGUACAAGCUCUGAUGCUUCUCUUUAGGAGUGCAACAGGAGAAGCAUGGCAUGAGAUCAUGCUGGCGUGUCUGGGGGGUAAUGACUGUGACCCCCUGAUGCAGAAUGACAAACCUGAGUGCGGCAGCCAGGUUGCCUACCUCUACUUUGUCUCCUUCAUCUUCUUCUGCUCAUUCUUGAUGCUGAAUCUGUUUGUAGCCGUUAUCAUGGACAACUUUGAAUACCUGACUAGAGAUUCAUCCAUUCUGGGACCUCAUCACCUGGAUGAGUAUGUCAGGAUAUGGGCCGAGUAUGAUCCUGCUGCCUGCGGGCGCAUACAUUAUAAGGACAUGUACAGUUUAUUGCGAGUUAUCGACCCGCCUCUCGGCUUAGGCAAGAAAUGCCCCCAUAGGGUGGCCUGCAAGAGACUGCUCCGUAUGGACCUGCCUGUGGCCGACGACAACUCAGUCCACUUUAAUUCCACUCUCAUGGCUUUGAUCCGCACGGCGCUGGAUAUCAAGAUCGCCAAGGGUGGUAUUGACAAGCACCAGAUGGACGCGGAGCUGAGGAAAGAGAUGAUGGCGAUCUGGCCCAACCUUUCCCAGAAGACUCUAGAUCUGCUGGUCACGCCGCACAAGUCAGCGACAGACCUGACAGUUGGGAAAAUCUACGCUGCUAUGAUGAUCAUGGAGUACUACCGGCAGAGCAAGAUCAAACGCUCACAGGCUCUCCGUGAUGAGCAGAAUCGAACGCCAUUACUGUUUCAGCGCGUGGAGCCUCCCACCCCUGACCACGACGGGGGUCCGGAACUUACCAACGCCCUGCCUCCGCCCGAGAUGACGGGGACGGUCGGCAUCCUGCCGGUGGAGGGCAGCAUCCCAGAGAGCCAGUCGUGGGUCACGGCUCGUGCCAAGGAGGUAACCCAGAAUACCGGCAGCUGGAGCCCCGAGGGACACUCUGAGGACGGUCUGGGAAGCAUGACCAACUCACAGACGGUAGAGAUGAAAGAGAUGGGGCAGGAUGGUUACUUGGAUACUGAGCACUUUCCACCAAUGGAAGGCCACGGCAGGGCCGCUUCCAUGCCGCGCCUCCCAGGCGACAACCAACAGCGGAGGAAAGGGAAGCACCGUGGCAGUACCCUCAGUACCAUUAAUGACAGCAGUCCCAUGAAGCGCUCGGCCUCGUCACUGGGCCACAGCAGGUCUGGGCGGGGCCACAGAGACAGAGACGACUUCAACAUGGAACGCACAAUACCUGAGGAGGGAAGGCCUUCCAGACAUGGACACCGGCGAAAAGACCGGAGCCAUCGAGCAUCUGAGAGGUCCCUCUGUCGCUACAACGACGCAGACACAGGCCUGGGCACAGACCUGAGUACAACCACCCAGUCGGGUGACCUCGUAUCAAAAGAGAAAGAUCGCGACCGAGACCGGGGCCGGUCCAAAGACCGUAAACACCACCACCAUCAUCACCACCACCACGGCUCCAUGGACAAGGAACGCUACGUAGCAGAGCGAGGGGGGGAGCACGGACACAGGCACUCCCGGGACAGAGACCACGACCGGGAGAGGGAGAGAGACCACGACCGGGAGAGGGAGAGAGACCACGACCGGGAGAGGGAGAGAGACCACGAUCGGGAGAGGGAGAGAGACCACGAUCGGGAGAGGGAGAGAGACCACGACCGGGAGAGGGAGAGAGAGAGAGAAAGGGACCGGCGCUGGUCGCGAUCACCCAGCGAGGGCCGCGACUGCAUGACGCACAGACAGGGCAGUAGUUCGGUCAGCGGAAGUCCCGUCCCCUCAACCUCGGGGACCAGUACGCCUCGCCGAGGCCGCCGACAGUUGCCUCAGACACCUGCAACACCUCGGCCCCAUGUCACAUACUCUCCUGUAAUCCGUAAGGCCGUACCCGCGCCUCCCGGGGGGACUCAGGGCCGACACCCGGCCCCGGCCACUCGCCACUUUUCUCCAGAGCCUCCCCAGGGUCAGGGUCCUCCCCCCGCUGGCCUCCCACUCGCUCACCACGGCGCAGCCCGCCAAGGCCAUCACCCACCGCCUCGCUGGGGAGAUGCAGGUGGAGGAGGGGGGUCCAUGGAAGGGGACGGCUGCUUUUACGACCAGGAGUAUCAGGACUAUGAGCCGCACCAUGAACCACCUGCCUAUGAGCCAGGCCCCAUGCAGGGUGGCAACCCCCACCCCCACGGCCUGGCCAGCCACCCACUGCCACCUCCCACACAACCACAGCCUCACAACCCCCACCCCCUUCCUCCCCCGCAACCUCACCCCGUUAACAACCCCCACACACAAGCCACUCGCACCUCACCCAUGACGGCUCGCCACGCGCCUCCUCCCACCACUGACUUGACAGGGCCCGUGCAGAACCAGCCAGCUGCUCAGCGCCGCCUGCCCAAUGGCUACCGAUCUUCAUCGCCUUCCACACACCUCCAUGGACCCCCACAUACCGGGCCUCAUAAGGUUCCGCCUCCAGCCGGGCACCCGAGGGGGCCCCGCAAGGGCCUGCAUGAACCCUACAAUGAGACGGAGGAAGAUGAUUGGUGCUAGCCUCGGGGAACGGUGGAGGGACGUAGGAGGAAAAAUAAUUGAUCACUGAAUCGAAAGAAAAUAGAAAAGCUCUGAGCCAGAGCAGUGACUGCCAAGGGAAAACCACCAUUUUUCUUUCUUGUUUGUUCAUUGUUUUUCCUCUCCUCCACUUCUUGGGGUGUCCCAGGGAUGUUGAGCUAGAUGAAAGGAUGGGGCACCAGGAUGAAGGGGUGGUGCAAGAAUGCUAAAGCAGAAUCUGGAGAAACAAGUAGCGUAAGACAAGGUUAAAAAAAAAGAGAAAAAAAACGACCUCCUGUAUUCUGCUUGCAUUGUUGUUCGUCAUCUCUUGGUGCCGAAAGAGACCACGCUGAAACUGCGGUUUCUGAAGAAGGCAGUAGGAGUGAUGGACACUUCUCUUUGUGUCUUAAUUUAUGCCUCUGGCAAUGAGCUAUAGCCACUUACAAGAUGUCAAGAGUUGCGACUCGAUAAAAGACACUUUAAAGUAAGAGACAAAGGAAAAACCUCUUUUUGUUCUUUUUGUCUUUUGGUUUUUGUUUCUCUAAGCUAACUUCUGUCAAGUUAGCUGCAAAAAAAAAAAAAAAAAGUAUGGAAUCCAACCCUCCCAGCCACCAGGUGAAUAUUGAUGAGUUUUAUCAUCUGUGUUUUUAAAUAAGAAGAAAACUGACAAGGAGCCUCUACCUGUGUGAGGUGGGAAGGCUAAGUGGAUGGGAGCGUUGGGGAGCGUCGCAGACGGGUUGAAGAGUCUCUGCCGAAAUCUUGAAGACAGGAUGGGUGUGUUGGGAAUAUUUAACACAUUCCUCCCAGAGACAAACCCUUCGGCCGACCUCAACCUAUGAUCUACAAGAGAGGAAAAACAAAAAAAGGUAGUGAUGGGUGUCGGAAACAACAAACAAACCAAUAACUGUUUUCUGCAGUAUUUCUUCUUCUACUUCUGCAGCUGCUUCUUCUUCCUCCUCUUCUUCUACUUCUUCAAAACAUCGAAGCUUGAAUCUUCAGUUGCACCCCACGCAGCUUCGUUUUUUUUAGACUUGCGGAGUUGUACACCCUAUGGAAUCCUGCAUGAAUGAAACAAAAGAAUACUAAUAAUAGCAACAAUGAGAAACUACUAUCUGUGGAGGGAAUUUCUCCUCUGCCCUUUCUCUUAUGGUCUGUAGGGUUUCUCUCUUUUUAUUAAAAAUGCUUUCUGUUUCUCUCUUUGUGCUCUGAAUGACAUUCCUCUCUCAUUCCUGAAUGUCUGAAUGACAUUUUUUUCUCUCUCAUUUACACGAGAAAUCAAAAGACAGAGGGCUAUGGGGAGAUUGGAUAGUUAGUGUAUGUUUAUCUAGGGGGAACAAAACAAUUACUUUUUGCUUGCUUGUCUACUGUUUGUUCUGUGCCAAAUGCCUGCCACUAAUACAGCUGGAAUUGCACAUAUUUUUUAGUGAAAGUAAACUUUUUGUAACCAAGGUUGUGAGGAGAACAUUAUGUAAUGGGUAGCAGGGUAUAAAUGUGGAUUUAAAAAUAAUUAUAAAAUUUUUAAAAAAUCGACAAAAAAAACAUAGUGACAGUUGAAGUGAAGUCUGACGAAUCAGUAACAUUUCAAAGUCUUCCAAGGUCCGGGGUUCAAACAAAGGCAUCAGAGAGGAAGAGACCAAUAGAAAGGCACAGAAAGGAGAGAAAUUCUCAAUAUCUGUUUUCUUUGUCACUAAAAAGUAGUAUAGUGACUUGUAACGAUCAUAAUGAUUGUGAGAAUGAGACAGUUCUUUUUUUUUUCUUGUAUUUUGUUUUCAUUUCAAGCUCAGCAAAUCCUUUCUCCAACCCCGGGGUGGACGUCUAACUGUCAGUCACACUUUAGGAGAAAUGAAACAGCAGAAGAACAAAUAUGAAUCUGAAACGAUCAAAUAGAGCUGGAGUCAAACAGGAACCGUGUCUCAUGAACGGUGGUAGAGCAGUUACACCAUCGCUUGUGGCCUGCAGGUGGCGUUGUGUGACAGCAAAGCUCCCUUUAUUCCUCUUCUGAUUGGGUGUAGUUGUGCAGCAUUGGUGGCAUCAGUGAAGUUCAGCUCAUUCUUUCUCUCUCUGACACCACCUCAUCUGGUGUUUGCUGGACUGCAGUGUAGCGCAGUCCUUACGGGUUGGAGGGACGAUGUCUGGGCCCUGCCGCGCUCCUGGUGACGCCUGAUUUCUGUACAUUUCCAACUCCUGUGCGAAGAUAUUUUCUAUCGGUGUAUUUCUCUGUGUGCCUCAAACUAACACUGGUCACCAACACGCACCACCGUCAGCCCCAGCAUCCGUGUCGUGAAUCUUUUUAGUCGACCUCCGUUUAACCUGAAGGCCUAUCACAUGUUGACCAGAGAAUGCAAAGAAAAAAAACUGAAACGAAAAAAACUGCCUAUUAGUGUCUUUCCAGCCUUAGUGGAAUGUCACAGACAAGUAUUUUUCACAUCACCACACUUAAAGUCAGAAAGCAUACUACGUAUGUGCUGUAGCUCCUGGUUGUGGUGUGUAAGUGGGUUUCUGUGUGUAUGCGCGUGUGUUUCUGAGUUUUUGUGUUUGAACUUUGUUUUGAUUUCUGUAGUUUGUCUCUGAGAAUCCUUUUUGAAAUUUGAACAUGUUACAUCGUUGUAACAAUGUGCAAUUGUGUGUCAGGGUGUGUGUGUGUGUGUGUGUGCGUAUGAGAGUGUGUGUCUAUGUAUACACAGUAUGUGAUGUCAGAAAACCCCCGAAUGAAACAUGCAAAGGCCCAAACAUUCACGUUCCAUCUUUGUGUAUAUGCUGCAGUAAAAUCCACUAACACGCUGACUAACCACGCAGUCUUUAAAAAGCAAUGUAAAGUCGCUACGGGGAGAUUUUUGUUUGUUUGUUGUUUGUUUGUUUUUUUAAAGUACAAAAGAUUUUAAAAAGAAAAAAAAAAAUCUAGUUCCAGAAAUGCAUGUGCUAUGUGCAUGCCACACCGUGGGUUAAAAGUCAUCUUCAGGACAUAAAAGAAAAAGCACAUUAAUUUAAUUCAGAGGAAUUAAAACAUUUAAAAAAAAGAUAUAUAAAUAGAUAGAUGUUUUUCAAAAAAUAAAAUAAAAAACAAUGUUUCCUUUUUUCCUUCUAUUUUUGAGAACAAAAAAAUGUUAAAAAAAAUUACAAAAAAAAUCUAAAGAGUUUAAAAAAAAAAGCAGAAGAGACUUUGGUCAAAGUCUUGGGGUUUUUUUUGUUUUUCUUCUGUUAUACAUGGGGUUGAGACGCAACACAUCCAUGUUGAGGACACCAUGAAAAAAAGAAUGGUUUUUAAUGAAAAAAGAAAUACAAAUAAAACUUUCAAAAAAAGAACAUACAGUUCAGAAGAUGGUGUAUUGUCCCUUCUACUUUGUGUGAGGGUCAGGGGGUGCAGGAGCGAGCAAGCUCUGUUGAUGUGCUCGCUCAACUGGCUGUUGGACCUUUGAUCUCUCAUUCACUCCCUCUUUUUUUCUCUCUAACUCUGUCUCUCUCACACUCUUACCUGUUGCACUCUUAGCCAGUCUCACCGCUAUUUCUACCAGUGCAUUUUGUAAUUCCAAACAGAACUCUUCCUAAAGAAUAAAAUCCAG